UUGAGCCCCGCCGCUCGCCGUCGCCCCGUUGCCAUGGCUACGCAAGCGGCGCGGCCUACUUUCUUCGGGAAGCCUGGGGGAGAAGUUUACCUGACGAACCGAAUCGGCCGACGGGGUUUGUGCAGCAAGCCGUUAUGUCUUUCCGCGAUCUCCGGAAUUUUACUGAGAUGAUGAGGGCUCUGGGCUAUCCCCGACUUAUCUCAAUGGAGAAUUUUCGGACUCCAAAUUUCAUGCUGGUUUCAGAAAUACUCCUUUGGCUGGUGAAAAGAUACGAGCCUCAGACUGAUAUCCCUUCUGAUGUUGAAACAGAGCAGGACCGGGUUUUUUUCAUUAAAGCUGUUGCUCAGUUUAUGGCCACCAAAGCUCACAUAAAACUCAACACUAAGAAGCUUUACCAAGCCGAUGGCUAUGCUGUGAAGGAGCUGCUGAAGAUCACCACGGUGCUCUACAACGCCAUGAAGAGCAAGGGGAUGGAAACCACAGCUAUGGGUGAAGAAGACGUCGGCAAAUUCAAAUUUGAUCUGGGUUCCAGAAUCAGCGAUUUGAAGACAGCCAGGCAGCUCGCUUCAGAAAUCACUUCGAAAGGAGCGUCGCUGUAUGACUUGUUGGGCAAAGAAGUGUCGCUGAGGGAACUGAGAACAGAAGCAAUUGGAAGACCUUUGGAAAUCAACGAAACCGAGAAAGUGAUGCGCAUUGCCAUCAAAGAUAUUUUGGAGCAAGUCCAGAAAACCAAUGACAUGCUCAACAACGUGGCCGCCGAUGAAGCCAGUUUGGAGGUCAAGAUCGAAAAGAGGAAAUCCGAACUGGAGAGAAACCACAAGCGGCUGCAAACCCUGCAGAGUGUUCGCCCAGCCUUUAUGGAUGAAUAUGAGAAAAUUGAGGAGGAGUUGCAGAAACAAUACAGCUGUUUCGUGGAGAAGUUUCGUAACUUGACAUACCUGGAACAGCAGCUGGAUGACCAACACCGCAUGGAGCAAGAGAGAUUUGAGGAAGCAGAAAACACCUUGCGGCUGAUGCAGAACAAGCUGAAGGAGGAAGAGAAACGUUUGCUGAAGAGUGGAAGUCACGAUGACUCGGACAUGGAGAUCCACGAGGACGAGGGAUCGGACAGCGACCUGGAAGACCGGCAGCUGAUCAAGCAACGCACAGCCAUGGAGAUGCUGAUGCACGGGCGGCCGAGCAAACGGCUUGUUGGAACCAUGCAAGGGGGAGACACGGAGGACGAGAUCGGGGCAGCUCAAGCCCGAACCAAAAAGCGCAAAGCUUCCCGAGCCAAGGCAAAGGAAGACUCAGAGGAAAGUGAAAUUGAUCUGGAUGAUGAUGACGAUGACGAUGAUGAUGAUUUGGAAGAUGAUAGCAUGGACAUCUCCCCCACCAAGGCCAAUCGGAGAGUCAGGAAGCCGGAGCCACUGGAGGAGAGCGACAAUGAUUUCUGAGGAACCUCAACAGGGAUGACAAAUGGCAACUUGCCCAUGACUAUACGUAUGACAAGGCCACAUUGAGGCAGUGCCAGCUGUCCAAGAGAGUAAAUAAUUAUUAUUUUUAUCUAAGAUCAAGGCAAAAUUGUCAGUUCAGCAAAGUGUAGAAACCCCCUCCAAGGAGAAGCUGAUGGGUUUUGAGCUACUCCAGUUGUUUGAACUCCCAUUUGUCCUUGAAGCUAUUGGUACAUCCAAUUCCAAGUUGGUCUAUUGAGGAGAAACCCUCAUCGGAGGGGCGGGGUGUGUGUGGAAUAGCUCUAGGCAAAAACAGAGUUUAUUUUAACCGAAUUAAUCAUAUACAACUCUAAUACCAUCCCUGGCCCUUCUGUAGAAGCAUCUCUCUUCAGAUUCGUGGAAGUAUUGGAUAGCCCAUUUUGCUCAAGCCAAGAAGUAUUAACCUUGUUCUGUACUGUCAUCUCCUUAGUUCACAACUCUAGGCCAAUGACAAUCUUCUUUCCUUCAGAUUUUGACUGUAACAUUCCCGCAUUUUGCAAAUAAAACGCUCUUCACCUCC